GGCGGCCUCUCCAGGAUCACUCAGGGUCAACCUCUGGAAGUUGCUUAUGGAAGUCAGGUCACUUUAAGAAGCUCCGCCUCUCAGCCAAUCCCAUGCUGGCUCCACUCACACAAAGCCAAUUACCCAAUUAGGUAUGGAAAUGGGCGGGGCAGCUCCCACCAGCAGCAGGUCACCUGUUAUCCCUUCAAAGACGUCAACAACUGGUGGAUAGUCAAGGAUCCAGGCAGACAGGAGCUGGUUGUCGGCAGUCCUCCUCGACCUGUCCGCCAUGGUGAUGUCAUCCAGCUGGUUCACGGGAUGACCUCACGCUUCCUCAACAGUCACGACGUUGCAGCUCCCAUGAGUCCUCACGCUCAGGAAGUGUCCGGUUACAUCGACUUCAAUGUUUCCAUGGCAACUCAGAACCUUUGGAGAGUGGAUAUCUCUAACAGGGAGGCAGAAUCAGAGGUGUGGAAGACGAUCCUGUCUGAGGUUCGAUUGGUCCACGUCAACACCUCCGCUGUCCUCAAGAUGAGCGGUGUGUCUCUUCCAGACUGGGGUUUCCGUCAGUUGGAGGUUGUAGCAGAGAAACUAUUUAAAGUUCACAGCAGCAGUUUGGGAUGGACGGUGGAGGAACAUCGAUAUGGAACCAGUCGGGAGCAGAAGGAGAGGGAGGCGGAGCUUCAUUCUCCGACUCACAUCGAUGUUGACAGAAAAAUUUCCUUCUGGGCAAAAUUUUUAGAGCUACAGCGGAAGAUGCUGACAGUGAAACAGGAGGACUCUGAACACAAAUACAGCUCCGCCCCCUUAGAGUGGAUCACCAUGGAAACCAACAUCGCAUACUGGCUGCACUCAUCGACCAACGCUCAGAUCCAUUUGAUUGGUAAUCCAGUGUCAUGGGGCGUGGCCAACCUCAGUCUGCUGGCCUAUCAGCUGCUUGCAGCUGUCUACAUGCUGAGGAGGAGGCGAGGCAUCAUAGACCUACCAGAAAUGUCUCUCUGCAGUGAUGUGACACACCGCAGGGCGCUGUGUGUGUUUGCGUCAGCCGUGUUGUUGUCGGUCUUCGUGUCAUAUCGAACCUUCUGCCCUCUGACCUAUGGCAGCCCAGAGCUCUCAGCCAAUCAGCUGCAAGGACUCAAGUGGAGAGACACCUGGGACAUCCUGUACCGCCGACGCUAGAGACAGUCAGGUGGACAUAUAGGUGUCUCCGUGGGAAAGGGUGUGUUUGUUUUCCUCAUCAUGUUGACUUGAACUGAACCUGUUCAUGAGCUGAGGAGACGCACCUGGUCGGGUUUGUCAUAUUGGAGGCGGAGCUUCAACCCUCUGAACUCACUGUUGAAGCCCCCCUGAUGAUGUCACAUACGUUGACAUGUGUUGAAUAAAAACCUCUGACUUCUAGUUUCAUGUGGAGCUGUAACAAGGAA